AUGCAUCAUGCAGCGCCGACACGGCCGCUUGUGCUCUUAGUUUCAGUUACUCAUACAGCACUGGCCGGGCAUCUUGGCAUAUGCAACUUGAGUUCUGAACACACUCUAAAGCGGGUGAACCUCGACAGAGGCUGCUUCGUGGCCCAACGACAAUGCAACAUUGGUUUUUUGUUUCCCAGCUCUCAGCAGGCCUCACACGACUCUUUGCUCCGUCGGAUACGACUCUCAAGCAACACGGGUUUGGUCGCAUCACCUCUCAUGUGGAUCUCCCUCCGAUUAUCGCGAGUUCGUGACGCCGUCUUGACUCAGGACGGCGCCUACAAACUCUCAACGGCUGCCAUCGGAACUAGUUCGCGACGCCAAUACUUGACUACUGCCUUAGCCAAAAGGGACAGCUACGGAAACUGA